AUGAGGUCGGGUCUCGUCGGCGCCUCCUCGGCAUCCCGACUCCUGCUUCGGCAAGCCGGUGGUGAGUCCCUGCUCCUGGCCACCGCCCGGCCUCUCGCCACUUCUUCCCACCGUGAUGUGUUUGAGAAUCCCCUCGUAAGCCGCUACGCCAGUCGGGCCAUGAGUGGCAACUGGUCCCCGCAGAAGAAGUUCUCCACCUGGCGCCGCCUGUGGCUCGCCCUCGCCGAGGCCCAGAAGGAACUCGGUCUGCCGAUCACGGAGAAGCAGCUGGCGGAGAUGCGCGCGCACCUGGACGACAUCGACUUCGCAGCGGCUGAGAAGAAGGAGAAGGAGGUGCGGCACGACGUUAUGUCUCACAUCCACGCCUUCGGCACCGUGUGCCCCACGGCCAUGCCCAUCAUCCACCUUGGCGCUACCUCUUGCUACGUCACCGACAAUACCGAUCUGAUUCAGCUGCGGGACGGGCUGCGUAUCGUGCAGCAGCACAUGCUGCAGCUGAUGCAGCACCUCCGCGAGGUCUCCCUCCGCUACAAGGACCUCCCCACCCUCGGGUUCACCCACUACCAGCCCGCCCAGCUUGUCACUGUGGGCAAGCGAGCGACGCUGUGGCUGCAGGACCUCCUGUUCGACUACGAGCAGCUGAGCGAGCGCGCCAAUCGUCUGCCGUUCCUCGGCGUCAAGGGCACGACCGGCACGCAGGCGUCAUUUUUGGAGCUCUUCAACGGCGAUCACAACAAAGUGCGAGAGCUGGACCGUCGCGUGACGGAGAUGAUGGGCUUCAACAAGUCGCUGGGCGUGUCCGGUCAGACCUACACCCGCAAGAUCGACUAUCAGGUGCUGAGCUCGCUCUCGGCGGUGGCCCAAUCGCUGAACAAGAUGGCGGUGGACAUCCGGCUGCUGAUGAACCUGAAGGAGAUCGAGGAGCCCUUCGAGAGCAAGCAGAUCGGCUCCAGCGCCAUGGCCUACAAGCGCAACCCCAUGCGCUGGUACUGCCGGAUCUGCGGGCUGGCUCGGUACGUGAUCUCGCUGACGGACAACGCGGCGCACACGCACGCCAAUCAGUGGUUCGAGCGCACCCUCGACGACUCUGCCAACCGCCGACUGUCCCUGCCCGAGGCCUUCCUCGCCACCGACGUCAUUCUGCGCGUCGCCUGCAACGUCGUCGACGGCCUCCAGGUGUGGCCGCUGGUGAUCAAGAAGCACAUCGACGCCGAGCUCCCGUUCAUGGCGACGGAGAACAUCCUCAUGGCAGCGGUCAAGGCCGGCGGCGACCGCCAGGCCCUCCACGAGUCGAUCCGUGAGCACUCGAUGGAGGCCGGGCGGUUGGUCAAGGAGCAGGGCCUCGACAACGACCUCAUCGAGCGCAUCCGCAACGACCCGCACUUUGCCGCCGUGCGACACAAGAUCGACGACAUGCUCGACCCGGCCAAGUUCGUCGGCCGUGCGCCGCAGCAGGUCGAGGAGUUCGUGCGCGACGAGGUCGAUCCAGUCCUUGCCCGCGACGCUCACCUCCUCCGCGACUUUGACCACAAGACCGCCGCCCAGCUCCACGUCUAA